AUGCAUGAUGCAAUACUUGGUCAAGAACUGAAAAGCGAAACUGAACAACACGACGAUGAAAAACGGUAUGUUGAAAGUCAGUUAAGUGAAGCGAAGCAUGAAGAAGAAGUGAUCAAAGCUCAAAUAAAAGAAUACAGAGAUUCUGCUGAGAAACACAAAACGGAAUUGCAUCGACUCGACAAUGAACUCGAGGAACUCAACCAUCAAAUCCAAACAAUCGAACAAGAACUCGAUAUAUUAAACGAUGAGAAAAGUUAUCUCAAAAAUCAUUGUCGACAACAAGAACAAGAACGUCAUGAUCUGAAAAAAAGAUUCUACCGACAAGAAGAAGAACUGGAACGACUCAAUGAACAAUUAGACGAACUUCAAGAGAAAAAAUCUCGGUUGAAUAAUCAACGUGAAGAUUGGGAACAACAACACCAAGAGAUUAAGCAGAGAAAAGAGCAGAUCGAUCGGCAAAUUCAACAACUCGAACAACAAUCAAACAAACUUCACAUACGUUUAGACCAAUUAAACAACGAGGUCCUACAAAUUAAAUAUGAUAUUGAAAAGUUUCAAGAUCAUAUACACAAGCUUGAAGAAAAACUGGUCACAGUCGAACAAAAGCGUGCCGAAUUAGACCAUCGUAUACACGAGAAUCAAUCGACUUCUGAUCGUGUUCAAGCUGAAUUAAAUAAAAUCGAAAGUAUUAUUCGACGAAUCGAAAACAUGAUCGAUAUGAAGCGAAAUCGACAAGGAGAAUUAAAUCAAUACAAAGAAAAAGUGCAGAAUGAUCUUACGCAAACUGAACAACAAAUUUUUCAAGUCACACAGGACAUCAAUCAUGCUGAGGAGAAAAUGAAGAUAUGUGAAGAAAAGGCCAAUCGAGUUCAAAUGGAAGUAAAUACCUUGAAACAAGCAAUUGCCGAAGGAGAACGAAUAGUAGAGCAAUUACUUGAAGAAAAACAACAACUUAUGUAA